AUGGCUGGCUCAACCGACUCGGUUCUCGUGCUCUUCAACUACGGCGCCUCCGCUGGCGGCGAGCGCUUCGUGGAGCUCAAGAGGCCGGAAUUCAAGGGCAACGAGGACAUCAGCCGAUACGUGAGUUGGUUCCGCGUGGCUUCUGCUGCAGCUCAGGGUGCGUUUGGGGCUUUAGGGGUUUAA